CCACCGCUGCCUGGUGCCCACUCUGCAUCCGCAGACCGUCGGAGGCACUCGUGCUCCGGAUCUGGCUCGCAGAUCUCCUGCUCUCCCCAGUAGCCCAGUACUCAUCUCUCCUCAGUACCCCAACUCUCCCACUCUCCCCAGUACCCCGGUACUCCCACUCUCCCCAGUACCCCAGUGCAUAAAGAGGAGGCGCUCACACAGCUACAGGUCACAGCCCGCAGGGACACUCGCUGGCCGGCCCACCCACCACCAUCUCUGCGCCGGCCCCGGGCUGGGAGACGUCACCCCCGAGCAUCAGCACGAUGCAGGAGGACCCGGAGACACUGCUGGCCUUGCAAAGGGCCAAUAUCGUGGCCCAGUACCAUCAGGCGCACCAAGCAGGGUCUCUGCAGGACCUGUCACUGUGCAAGGUCACCGACCACCAGGGCUUUCUGCAGGACAAUUAGCUGCCCGGCCCCAGCCCCCACGAGGCCAAGAAACUCCGCCAGGAGACCUGGCGCGCGGACAAAUGGAUAAAAAUGCUCAAGCGAUGGGACCACUACCUCCCCGGCGAGAAGCUGCGGCGCCGGGUCUACAAGGGGGUCCCGCCCCAGGUGCGGGGACAGGUGUGGCUGCAAUUGCUGAAGGUCGUUGACCAGUUUAAGGCCAGGAAUGCCGGGAAAUACCAGGCAGCGACCCUGUUCCUCGUGCUGGCGGCCUACUCGGUGUACGACACCGAGGUGGGCUACAGCCAGAGCAUGAGUGAGAUAGAUCGCAGCCAUCCUCCUCAUGUUCCUGCCCGAGGAGGACGCCUUCUGGGCGCUGGCCCAGCUGAUGACCAAUGACAGGCAUGCCAUGCACGGUUUCUUCGUCCCGGGCUUCCCGAAGCUCCUCAGGUUCCAGGCUCAUCACGAGCGCGUCCUCCAAAGAGCUCUCCCCAACCUGAGGAAGCACAUGGAUGAGGAGCAGAUGUCCACCGACAUCUAUACCCCAAAGUGUUUCCUGCAGUGCUUCCUCGGCCGGACCCCCUUCUUGCUCACCCUGAAGCUGUGGGAUGCCUACAUAUUCGAUGGGGAGCGGGUGCUCACGGCCAUGGCCUACACCAUCCUCAAGGUGCACAGGAAGCGCCUCCUGAAGCUGCCCCUGGAAGGGCUCCAGGAGUUCCUCCAGGACUCUCUGGCCCAGCCCUGGGCCCUGGAGGACGAGGCGGUGCUCAGACACCUUCGGGCCUCCAUGACCCAGCUCUGGAGGACGCAGUGCGACCUGCCCCCCCAGGUGGGCUCAGGGCCCCGGCCCCUCCUGACUCGGCCUGCUGGGGCCGCCCACAGGGGACAGAGCCCCUGGGGCCCCCGUCCUCAUCUCUGGGGCUCUCCUCUUCUGCUCCAGCCUCGGGGACCCCAGGCCAAGGCUGAGCGGGCGGGCACCCACUGCAGGGCCUGGGCACCAGUGUGGGGGGCUGAGCACAGGGUCAGGCCGGGGGGCCACACGGGAGCCGUGAGGACCCCCGGGGCCCCCAGCGGGGGACACACAGCCUGCUGGCGACGCUGACCCCGUCGGCCUCUUUCCAGUGGGACCUAAGGAGUUCCCCACGAGGCCCCUGGGCCUGGAGCGAGUGUCCCCAGCGCCCGGGCCUCUCCUCCCUUCUCCGGCCUCUGAGACACUGCCCAGGGUGGAGGAGCCGGCCUCCCCGGGCCCAGCCACCCAGCCUGAGCCGCCCGGACCCCCUCCCGGCCAGGCCAUCAUCCAACUUCCCCCCCAGCAAUGGAACUCCCUCCCCACCCUCCCAGUACAACAAGACGGUGCAGGCAGGCGGCCCCCAGACAUGGUGGGUUUCAAGACAAAAAACGGGGUCCUCUUCCCUUUGGCACCUGCCUGGGCCACCCCAGAGGCCCCGCGACGGACCAGGCCCUGGAGCACCCCCAGGACUCCCAUCACGGGGUCCCCCCAGCCCCCGAGGGACAACGCUGUCGGGCCCAGGACACCCUUCCUGCCCCGCGGCCACUGCAGCUCGUGCCCCUCGCUGGGCAGUGAUGGGCACAGCCAGGGCAGAGCCAGGGUGGCGCUGAGCCCGCUGCCCCGAGGCCCCGCACAGGCCCGGGACCCUCUGCCCUCCGCGUCCAUGGGGCAGCUCGAUGAUCACGGGCCUCGGGGGCAGAGCGUGGCGGUGAGUGC